CGUGAGUGAGUGUGUUGUGUGUCAGGUGACUUGGGUCACGCAGUUUCUCUCCUCUGGGAGGGACUGUGGGGCCUUGGCUGACUUUCCUUUGACAACUGCGGCGAGGAGAGAACGAAAAAGAAGAGAGAAAAAGAAAAAGGCAGCAAUUUCGGCCAAAGUCUCGGGAAGGCAAAACGCCUCUGGGUUUGUGUGAAGAGCGAAGCGGAGGCGGGAUCAGGAUGAGCCAGGUGCCUGGGAAACUGAAGGAGCAGGAAGAGGACGAGGGAGAAGAGGAGGAGGACGAGGAGGAGGAAGAGGACGAUGAAGAGGAGGAGGAAGAUGAGAUUGUUGGACUAGCAGAUUAUGGAGAUGGGGCCGAAUCCUUCUCGGAUGGCGACCCAGAGAACGGCGGGGACGGGGCGUUUCUAGAUUUCAAUGAUACCUUUAGUACUGAAGCCAAGCCAAGAAUCCUGCUCAUGGGACUAAGAAGAAGUGGCAAAUCUUCCAUUCAGAAAGUUGUCUUUCAUAAGAUGUCGCCGAACGAAACCCUUUUCUUGGAGAGUACUAACAAGAUAUGCAGAGAAGACGUUUCCAACAGCUCCUUUGUUAACUUUCAAAUAUGGGACUUCCCUGGGCAAAUUGACUUCUUUGAUCCAACUUUUGACUAUGAGAUGAUUUUCCGAGGCACUGGAGCACUGAUAUUUGUUAUUGAUUCUCAGGAUGACUAUAUGGAAGCGUUGGCUAGGUUGCAUCUCACCGUGACAAGAGCUUAUAAAGUGAAUCCAGACAUAAACUUUGAAAUAUUUAUUCACAAAGUAGAUGGGUUGUCUGACGAUCACAAGAUUGAAACACAAAGAGACAUUCACCAGAGGACAAAUGAUGAUCUUGCAGAUGCUGGGCUAGAAAAAAUCCACUUGAGCUUUUAUUUAACCAGUAUAUACGACCAUUCUAUAUUUGAAGCGUUUAGCAAAGUGGUACAGAAAUUGAUCCCCCAGCUCCCAACACUGGAGAACCUGCUUAACAUCUUUAUCUCGAAUUCUGGAAUUGAAAAAGCCUUUCUCUUUGACGUAGUCAGUAAAAUUUAUAUUGCAACUGAUAGUACCCCAGUGGACAUGCAGACCUAUGAGCUCAGCUGUGAUAUGAUAGAUGUUGUCAUUGACAUUUCCUGCAUCUAUGGGCUCAAAGAAGAUGGUGCAGCAACCCCAUAUGACACAGAAUCAACAGCAAUAAUAAAACUGAACAACACAACUGUCCUUUAUUUAAAGGAGGUGACUAAGUUCCUUGCACUUGUUUGCUUUGUCAGAGAAGAAAGCUUUGAGAGAAAAGGAUUAAUAGACUACAACUUUUUCUGUUUUCGUAAGGCCAUCCACGAGGUAUUUGAAGUGAGAAUGAAAAUAGGGAAAGCACGGAAGAAUCAGAACCUAAUCCAGAAGACCAAGAGGGCCACCCCUAAUGGCACACCUAGAAUGCCACUGUAGCUGAACUCCUUACACCACUGUUGACAUGUAUGGCCUCUUACUUCAUGUAAUGGUGUCAUCAUGUUCCAUACCCAGAAGAUAAAUGGAACUGCUAUAAUGUUGACAUGGAUUCCAAAACACUGUAUAUCUUGUUCAGUUGUUCAUAUUAAGAAAUAUCUGUGACACAACUGUUUUGCACUCUUGUCAUGUUUCAUGAUGGAAAUGAACUUUUGAUAAACCAAGUUGUGUUUUAUUUAAAAUGCCACUUUUUACAUGUGGUCUUGGGCAGAAUAUGUACUAUAGUUUCUACAUGUGGCAAACAUGAGUAAAUCAAGAAAACGUGGUAAGAUGACUUUUUACAAACUUGUGAUUUCAAUAUUCAUACCAGAUAUAUAUAAUAUUCCAGCUUGUAAAUUGAAGUUUUAUUUUGAAGUACAAUAGCAAUAAAAAAUAUUUCCUGGGA